AUGACUCUCCGAACGCGUGCCACUUCUCGACGAAAAAUUCCGAAGUUCUUCUAUCUGUUACUUUGGUUACUUGUGCCGAUUUGUCUAUUUGGAAUUUAUGUCCAUGGCCAAAAGGUUGCCUAUUUCUUUCGACCUCUUUGGGACAACCCUCCUGCCCCUUUCACAAUUAUACCUCACUAUUACGCCGAAAAUGUCUCUAUGGGUCACCUCUGCAAGCUUCAUGGUUGGUCACUUCGUUCCCAACCUCGGCGCAUUUUCGAUGCAAUUAUCUUCAGUAAUGAGUUAGACUUGUUAGAGAUUAGAUGGCAUGAGCUUUAUCCAUACGUAACAAAAUUCGUGAUCCUCGAGUCCAAUACCACGUUCACAGGCAUUCCAAAGCCGCUUUUCUUUGACGAAAACAAGGAGAGAUUUGCAUUUGCUAAACAGAAAGUUGUCCAUGGCAUGAAUCCCGGUCGAGUUGCAGUCCGUGGAUCAAACGAGGAUCCGUUUGUGCUCGAGUCAAAACAACGAGGAGCCAUAAACGCAUUGUUACGCCGCGCAGGGAUUUCCAAUGGUGACAUUCUUCUCAUGUCAGAUACAGAUGAGAUUCCAAGUCCUCAUGCGUUGAAACUUCUUCAAUGGUGUGAAGGGAUUCCUCCCAUAAUGCAUCUUGAUCUGAGAAACUACAUGUACUCGUUCGAGUUUCCCACGGACUACAACUGGAAACCCAGCGCCAACAUCUAUGGUCCUCGGACUUAUUACCGGCAUUCACGCCAGACUGACUUUCUUUUAUCAGAAGCAGGAUGGCAUUGUAGCUUUUGCUUUCGGCGUAUCUCAGAGUUUGUCUUCAAAAUGAAGGGUUAUAGUCACGCAGAGCGUGUUAGAUGGAAAUCUUUCCUUAGUCAUUCAAGAAUUCAGGAAGUUAUUUGCAAAGGAGCUGAUCUUUUCGAUAUGCUACCCGAAGAAUACACGUUCCAGGACAUGAUUAAAAGGUUGGGGCCGAUACCUCGUUCGGCUUCUGCGGUUAACCUUCCGGCUUACUUGAUAGAAAAUGCAGAUAAAUUUAAGUUCCUUCUUCCUGGAGGUUGCCUAAGAACACCAGAAUGA